UAGUUUGGUCGCCGUCAGAAAACUUCCGAUACGUAAAAAGAACGAGAAGAAGAAGAAGAAAGCGAAAAAAAGAAAAAACAGAGUCAAAUAAACCCUAAUAAUAAUUUUAAAAGCAACCCUUUUCUUUUCCUGGCCAAAUCCAUCGCUAGAAACACACACAACACCUUCAACAACAACCCAAACGUCGUGUUCCCAUUAACGUCUCUCUUUCUCCCAUUAAAGGUCUUAAACAAACUAGAGAUUUUUUCAUCUCUGUCACGAAUCCUUACAUAAAGAUUCAAUUUUUCGGUCUAUAACGUGUAGUGAUUUCAUCUUCUGUUCUGUUUUGCUUCUCCUCUCCUCUCCAUCCUCGGUUUCAUCGUCACAGCCUUUUAACAGAAAUGGCUACUGUUGCGUCUCACCAAGCAAUUACUACUUCUCACAGACCUUACAACUUCAAAGCUUCUCACUUUCCAAAGGAGCCUCUCAACAAUGUUCCCAUCAAACUCAGACAAAAACAAUUCAAGAUCCAAGCAUCUUCUCAAGCUCCACUUCUUGACCCUGUCUUGUCUCCUUCCAAGACCACCCCUCAAUCAUCAUACAAGAAAAAAUCAAGUAACGAAGCAUCUCUGAUACUGAUUAGACAUGGGGAGUCUUUAUGGAACGAGAAGAAUCUCUUCACGGGCUGUGUUGAUGUUCCGUUGACCGAGAAAGGUGUGGCUGAAGCUAUCCAAGCAGGGAAGAGGAUCAGCAACAUACCUGUUGAUUUGAUCUUCACUUCUUCUCUUAUCCGUGCUCAGAUGACUGCUAUGCUUGCCAUGACUCAGCAUCGCUGCAAGAAGGUUCCUAUCAUCUUACACGAUGAGAGUGAAAAGGCGCAGACUUGGAGUCAUGUCUUCAGCGAAGAAACUAGAAAACAGUCUAUUCCAGUUAUAGCUGCUUGGCAACUGAAUGAGAGAAUGUAUGGAGAGCUUCAGGGUUUAAACAAGGAAGAAACAGCCGAAAGAUAUGGAACACAGCAAGUUCAUGAAUGGCGUAGGAGCUACCACAUCCCUCCUCCUAAAGGAGAGAGCUUAGAGAUGUGUGCUGAGAGAGCAGUUGCUUAUUUUGAAGACAAUAUUCAACCAGAGCUUGCGUUUGGAAACAAUGUGUUGAUUGCUGCUCAUGGGAACUCGUUGAGGUCUAUCAUUAUGUAUCUUGACAAAUUAACUUCUCAGGAGGUUACGAGUCUAGAGCUAUCUACGGGGUUACCGUUACUUUACAUCUUCAAAGAUAGAAAGUUCAUGAGACGAGGAAGCCCGGUUGGUCCUACAGAAGCUGGUGUCUAUGCUUAUACUAAGAGAUUGGCGCAAUACAGACAGAAGCUUGAUGAGACCCUUAACUAACAAUGCGAAGAUCUGUCUCUCUCCUUUGUUGUAUUGGUGUUUCAUUUUCUGAGUUCUUAUGUAAUGAGACAAGAAUCAUCAAGAAACAGUUUUAUAUUAUAUGUAUUAGAUACACAAAUCACGUUGUUUACGUGUUAUUACAAGUCCAGUACGAA